GCAUCUUUGCAAGCGAUUUUCACCAAAAUUUCUCGAGUUCUCGACGUCCAGAAACGAAUCCGCCAUGGAUUCGCUGUGCGGUCCUUCUAAUGCACUGCAGAAUGCUCAGAAGCAUACUUCAGUUGACCGAACCCUUCAACAAGAUCGACUAAUCUCUCGGCAGCCACCAACACAGGGAUUUCGAUCGCAAGGCCAGGAAGGCAUUUUGGACCCCGAGUUUGCCUCAUUUGAGGCCAGCCGCGGGGUACCUGAAUUGCCAGUUCUCGAGAAUCCUGCUCAAUUCGGAAGGCCAGCUCAGUUACCAGCCGCUGCUCACCAGAACGCUGGCUGGGCUCAUGAUUUCCAAAAUCUCCACAUCUCCGGACCGGCGCCGCCACAGUUACAACAUCAGGCACAGGGCCCAUCGGGAUUUCAAACGCAAGGAGGGUGGCAUGAAGAGUUUAUGAGACAACAACAGAGCCAGCCAGCGGCCGCCUCAACUCAUCUUGCCCGAAACCAUCCAAGCACAAAUUCCGCCUAUCAAUCCCCAUUCGCUGCAGGAUACCCUAUGUACAAUUCCAGUACAUACCAAGCCCCUCAGGAAGCUCUUGUGCAACAUCCUGCGCCAACGGAAAAGUUUGAUGAGUCUGCGUUUGAGGCAGCCUUCAAUCAAGCGCAAGCGGAUUUGGAGCUUCAGGCAGCAGAGCCUGCGCCAGCCCCCCAAGCAAACGUUCACGACGCAUCCCCCAUUGACCCUCUUAACAUGGCCGAACAAGACACCCAAUUCGGAUCGGAUGAUAUUGUCCAGUCCGAGCAGCAGACUCAAGCUCGCGCUCAGGACGCGGAUGCUCUUGCACGAGCAGCCGGACAAAUUCUCACAAGCGUCAGUCAUGACCAGAGCGAAAAGUUCCAACAAAGCAACUUUCUUGCUCUAAUGCGCCGAAUUCGGGAUCGUGAGGUUGAGGUGAAGGGGGACGAUUUUGCUGAAGUCAGUAGCGACCCACAGCGCAGUCUCUUCACCCUGGUGGCCGUUACUAUCCGAGCCAAUCUCCUCCUCUGCAAGACCCCAUUUCCUCCGACAUCGGUAAGGAGUCUCCCUUUCCUGCCGACAGGACUUAGCUCCAAGAGGAGAUGAAAAUUAUCUGCAAAGCAUCUGACCCAGGUGUUACGGGCAGACGACCUGUCAGAUCCGUCUCCAGAUGAUCUUCCCCGGCUGGGCACCAAUCCAUACAGCCCCGCCGACAAUAACACACUCUACGAGGGCUUACUUCAC